UUUGCAUAUGAGUUUACUAUGCGAGUUAAGUAACACAGCUUCUUUCUGGAAUCAGAAUUUUACUGUUUUUUUGACUUUUACCUGUUCCUCACAUUUUAGGGACCCCACUUUCCCUCUUCUUAUUCUCAAUUCUGAACGCUUGCAGCUGCCAGAGCUCUCUCUGUAUUUCUCUGACGAUUCAGUGAGAGCAUAUUCAUUAUUUUUAACAUAUCGUCAUGGAUUCAAGAAGUAGCACUAUGAAAUUUUACAUUCUUGCAUUACACACAUUUCAAUUGCUAGCCUCGAGCCCCUUCGGUUUAUGCGAUAAUAGAGCUAGCAUUGCUCCUAUCCUUGGACGUUACAAGCGUUUACGACUGCUGCAGGUUGAAUCGACAAGUCCAGAGAACUCUUUUCCAUACGGGAUUUACACUUCUCCUCCUCCGCUUCUAUCAGGAGCUGUACCACCAAUUAGUCCACAAAUUAACUCUCCUCCAUUCGGGAUAUACCCUCCUCCUCCUACUCCUACUCCAACUCCUUCAAAGUCCAUGCCACCAAGUCCACAAAACUCCUCUCCGACAUUCACUUCUCCUCCUUCUACUCCUUCAGGGGCUAUUCCACCACCUUUACUUUCCACUCCUCCUCCUCCUACUCCUUCGGGGACUAUGCCACCACCUUUACUUUCCACUUCUCCACCACCACCAUCUCCAACUGCAAAAACUCCACACCAUAAUUCACCUAAGCCACCAGCAGUUAAGCAGCCACCACCGAAUAGUAAUCAUUCGUCGACGCCACCACCACCAAAUCCUCCUAAGAAACCUGAAAAUGCUGUUUGGUGUGUGGCAAAGCCAACGGUACCAGCAGACUUGAUUCAGCAGGCAUUGGACUAUGCUUGUGGUUCUGGGGCUGGUUGUGAUGCUAUACAGCCCAAUGGAGCGUGUUACCAGCCGGCUACUCUGCUUUCUCAUGCUUCUUAUGCUUUCAAUAGCUACUGGCAGAAGAGAAAACAGGGUGGAGGAACUUGUGACUUCGGAGGCACUGCCAUGCUUGUCACUGUUGAUCCAAGUUAUGAUCAUUGUAGUUUCACGUCCAACUAAUCUUGGAAGACAGCAUUUGAGAUCAAGAGUACUUCGACAAUGCCAUGUCCAAGGCCAAACGGGCGUGAUAUUUUGCAUAUGUUAUUUUUACUACAAAGGACUGAUAAGACUUUAUAAGACUCUUGUCUCAUUUUUUUUUUUUUUUUCAUUGUGUUUCUUUUUUCUUGUUUUAGAGGAACUCUAUGGUGAUGUACUGCUACUUCACAAUUUAUAUGAGACAUAACUCAACUAAGAGACAA